AUGGAGCCGGGGAGCAGAGAGGGUUCUGAUCCGAAGUAUGCACAGACCAUCGAUCCGAAAAAGCUGAGUCCGGAGCAGCUGGAAUUCAUCCGAAAGAAGGAGAUGGCUCAGUGGGCACAGAAAGCGAAGAAGCUGAGACACAGAAACAUCAUCACUGGCCUGGCCAUAGGCGGCAUCGUGCUGGGGAUCUAUGGAUACAGCUUUUACUCUGUAUCACAAGAAAAGUUUCUAGAUGAACUAGAAGAGGAAGCAAAAGUGGCCCGAGCAAGAUUUCCAAAAACUUCUGCAAAUUAA